AUGCCCCACACAUCCCACCCUUCCCGCCCAAAACGACAAACCCAAAAACGAACCCAAGUGACCGACGACGAUGGCUGGACCCAUGUCGCGAGCAGCGGCAACGUGCGGCGCGUAAUGCGCGCACGUCCGCGAGGCACAACUGCAAUCAAGGAAUCAGAGUCCGGGAUAUCUUCUGACCUGCCCGAAGAACCCACCCUGACCCCCGCAGAGGCACCGGGUCGACUCACGUUGUCCGAGCUGCAGGCGCAGUUCCAAACCCAUCGUGAGAGGUGGGAGGGUUCGGAGAGUUGGACUAAGUUGACGGGCGUUUUGGAUGAACGGCUGAAGAGGGCGCAGGAACAAGCUUCUUCUUCUGAUGCUGGUGGCCCUACUUCAUCGUCUCCAAGCCUCUGCCCCGUCGACGCCAUUGUCUGCAUCGGGCUUGGGAGCCCGAGUGGGUUCCUGCGUGAUGGAUGGGUUGAUCGGCGCUCUGUGUCGCUUUAUCAGCUUGCUGCGCUGGCAAGUAUAAAGGAUCAAGUUGCCUGCAAUACCUCCUCCAAUCUCAAAGUCUACGCCCAAGACCCUGUCUUCAACACAUUAGACGAAUCUCUCCUCGCAUCCCUGAAUAUAACCGUCAUCAAACACCCAGAGGCGUUCUCGCACAUUACAGCGAACACUAUGCUAUUCUGCCCCGGCGCAGAGCGCAAACAUCUUGAAUUGUUGCUGCCGUCGAAACCGUGGCUGUUGUUCGGUGGUCCGCUUGAGCAUGCCGACUCUGGAGGUGUACUGCAAGGUUAUGUGGAUAGCGCUGGGUCGUAUUGCUUGCCGGUGUUUGAAGCGCUUGAGCAUGCUUUUUGGAAUAUGAGGCUAUAUUGGGUUGAGGAGGUCGUGGGUACGGAGUGA